AUGACUUUCUACGACAACAUUUAUCCUUUCUACCACAUGCGAAGGACGUCCUUCAUCUUCAGCGGUCACUUGUUCACCGUUAUCGUGUGCUUUCUUGUGAUGACGCUCUGUCUGCUACUCAUUCUGCCCGGGAUUCGAGGAAAGUCGCGGCUACUGUGGCUGUUCAGGAUCCUUUUGAGCUUAAUUAUCGGUGCCGUCAUCGUGGCACUCAACUUUACUAACAAUUGGGCUGAAGCCCGUAUGACGACAAAUGCUACCUACAAGUCUUUCAGCAAUGCGGUGGUUAACGCUGACAUUGGCUUACAUGUUGGCCUGUAUGGCAUUAAUGUUACACUAAAAGGAAAUCCUGUUGUCCAGUUAAAUGAGACGAUCGACUACAAUGAGAUGUUCAGCUGGCGUGAUACUAUUGAGGAGGAAUAUAAGGAAGCGUUGGCAAAAGGGCUACCGAAUCCAAUCCUGUACAUUGCAGAGAAAUUCACUCUCAGCAGCCCGUGCGGCCUCAUCUUUCACUACAGACACUCUGGGCGUUACGCAUCCGCAACUCUCUGGACGGCAUUUUGCUGCUGGAUGCUGGCCAACAUCCUUCUCUCCAUGCCAGUCAUUUUAUACGCCGGCUACAUGAUGCUGGCCACAGCCACCUUCAUCUUCAUUUCUACGGCCACCUUCACCACCAUCAUGCAUGCUUCCCAGUGUGUUUUCUCCAUUGGAGCAGUCUCUGUUGAAGUUGAAUACAGCCUUUCAUUUUGGCUGGCUCUGGCUACCGGUCUGCUGUGCACCGUCAUCGGAGUUCUGGUGGUGAUAAUGAACUUUAUGGUACCUGAGAAGAUAAAGGAGGUUUUCAGUGUGGCUGUUGACAGUUAUGAAGAUGAGGACAUUUCUUACGGGCAGACGCACCGGAAUUCUGCCUUCCUUGAUGAUAUAACAGUCUCUCCAUGCACAUUCAGAGAGGUCACAGUGGAACAUGUAUGA